AUGGUUUUUUGGGACAGUCCCGAGAGCGCGGACGAGGACGCGCGACGACCGCGCGCGCGGUGCGACGGCGAGGACAUCAACCGACGCGCGACGGCGACGACGCGCGCGCGCGCGUGGUUGCGAGACGCGCUCGAGCGAGGGACGACGGCGACGGCGCGCGCGACGGCGACGAAGGAGACGUUAGUUCUGGACGACGCCGCGCGCGAAGCGCGCGAGGGAGCGACGAGCGAGGAGGAAUCGAGGCACCUGCGUCGACACGUGGACGCGCUGACGAGGGAGUGCGCGGACGCCGUCGCCAGGGCGAACGCGAGCGAGAUCGCGAGGGAACGAUUUGAACAACUGCGGCGCGAAAAUGCGGCGUUGAAAAACGCGGACGCGCUGUGCAAGAAGGCGGAGACGCGAGCGAAGGCGGCGGAGGCGAGGGCGAACGCGGCGCGGGACGCGAUGGUGAGCGCGAAGCUUCGUCACGAGGCGGCGCUCAAGAAGGCGUACGAGGAAAAGGAUGGCGUCGUGGAGCGCAUGCGGAUAGACAUCGAGAUGUUGCGAUCGGAACUCGCGUGCGUGGAGGCCAAGGUGUCGACGCUGGAGGAUCAAAACGCGGAGAUGGAGGAGGAUUUGAACGAAUACCGCGAAGAAACGGCGCACUUGGACGAAAUCAUCGCGCAGGCGGAGAGCGAGAUGGUGAGAAUGCUCGAGGAGAAACGCGCGAUCGAGCGUGAACUCGCGGCAAAGAGUGCGAUGAACAUCAAGUCGCUCAUCAUGAGUCCUUUCUCGCCGUCAUCCAGUUCGCCGCUCGGCACGCCGCGUCUCGCCGCCGCCAUGCGUUGGUUCGACACCGCCGUCGUCUCGCCAAUGCGUUCGCCGUUCGCGGACAUCACGAACGCCGAUGACGCCGACAACGACACCAUGGGUACGAAAACACCGACCGCGCGUAAAUCUCGCCUCGGACCGGGGAUGAGUCCUUUACCCAAGACGCCCGGCGCCGUCGUCGAGGAUUCGGCGGAGGACGUCGAGCAAUACGAGAGCGACGACGAAAGCGUCGGCGUCGAGACUGUUCGAGAACGAACGUGCGAAGUCAAACGUUGGCGAUUGGUUCUUUCCAAAGUUCCCGAAUCGAGACUUUACGGCAGACGUUGGAGCGACGUCGGCGUGCGCUUGCGCGUCGUCGGCGCGGUGUCGCUGUGCAACCUCGCGUCGGCGGCGUCGACGUAG